GCCGCGGGCGGCGGCGGGGGCGGCGCGGUGGGUGCCCGCAGAAUGGGCGGCAGAGCCGGCUUCUUCGAGGUGGAAAUCCUUGAUUGGGAGACAAAGAAACAGCUAUGCUUCCUAGAUAAGGUGGAACCAAAUGCUACAAUUAGAGAGAUCAGAUUGAUGUUCCAUAAAUUAUAUCCUCGGUGGUACCCAGCAAGGCAGUCAAUAAAACUUGAUCCAAAAGGAAAGGCUCUGAGGGAUGAAGAAAUCCUGCAGCACCUCCCUGUUGGCACAACUGCUACCUUAUACUUUAAAGAUUUAGGGCCACAGAUAGGAUGGACUACGGUAUUUUUGAUAGAAUAUACAGGUCCAUUGUUCAUCUAUUUUGUGUUUUAUUUCCGCAUGAAUUUUGUCUAUGGACUGGAUGAGAGGUUUACAUCAAGUCCACACCCAGUAGUUAACUUGGCAUGUAUCUGCCAUUCUUUCCACUACAUCAAAAGGUUGAUUGAAACAGUAUUUGUUCAUCGAUUCUCCCGUGGGACUAUGCCACUGAGGAAUAUUGUGAAGAACUGUUUAUAUUACUGGGGAUUUGCAGCUUGGCUUGCAUAUUACAUCAAUCAUCCUCUUUACACUCCUCCUUCUUAUGGGAAAAAACAGAUAAAUUUUGCUGUGAUCAUGUUUCUGCUGUGUGAAGCUGGAAAUUUUUCCAUUCAUGUUGCACUCAGUGACCUCCGGAGAAAUGGAUCCAAAACCUGUAAGAUCCCAUAUCCAACAAAGAAUCCUUUCACAUGGCUGUUUUUCUUUGUAUCUUGCCCAAACUAUACAUACGAGGACAAGGUUAUUUUGAUCAAUAGAGACAUAAAUGCAAAUGCUGUCACCAGAAAUAUUUUCAAUUUCCUUGGCCAAAACAGGUGGGGACCUGGAUCAGUUUCACUAUCAUGACUCAGUGUGUUCCAGUGGGACUGUUCACCUUGCUUUGCUUCAUUCAGAUGACAGUCUGGGCAAAGGAUAAACACUGCACCUACUUAAGAGAAUUCAAGGAUUAUCCAAGUCAUAGAAUGCCAAUUAUUCCCUUUUUGUUGUAAGAAAAGAAGGCUCAAUUUGAAUAUUGCACAGAACUUCAAGAAGAAAACCUCACAAAUAUCCUGCCAAAUAAAUGAAUUAAUUAAAUGGAUUUUGGUGCAUGUUGAAUCUCCACUGCUAAGGGAAAUUGUACGCACUUGAAAGCUACACUUCCUUACCUUCAAGAAUUCUCAACUCAGAAGCACCUUAAAAGAUAAGGUUUCAUUGCACAGUUGCAAAGAAAAAGUCCCUGCAGCUCACUGUAACCUGUACUAGUCUGUUUAGAUUGAUGGAUCAGAGAUCCUGAGAAGUCUGUGCUGAAGAGCAGCUCCAAAUUUAGCAGUGGGAUUCUGCAAGACAGAAGCACUCUGGAGGGAAGACACAGCAGCUAACUCCAGAGCUCAGUUCAGCCAGCAGGGCCAGCUGGCCUCAGGACAGUGGCAUGAUCUGCCUUCUUUGACUUGAAGAGUGUGUGCUGCCUGGAGGCAGGUGCUUUGUAACAGACAACAUUACCAAAGAAUAUGAAUAGUUCCUGGAAUAAAGAAAUAGGCCAUAUCUCAAAAACCUGAUUCGGGUCUAACACCUAAUUUGCCAAAAGAAUCUUAAGUAAGAAAUUUUUGUCUUAUUUGUGAAUGUAAUAUCCCAUUCUGGGGUUUUAUGUUUGGUUUUGGUCUUCUUCAUUAGUAGUUGCAUACUAGUAAAUAAGAUUCAGAAGCAAUCUAACCUAUGCCAUAUCUUUGAUAUCUGGCCUGUUUUGAUAUAACAUCUCCUUAAUUGACCUUUUACCUAGCAUUUUACAUCAGGCUUCUCUCAGUAGUUUUUAAUACACUUUGUAAAUACAUGAAGUGACUGCUAGUCCUUGGAACGCUCCUCCUAUUUUCGGAGCCAGGGAGAAAAAUCAGCUUCAUUUUGGACUUCCUGUGUUUACUUUGUCACAGGAUGUUCUGUGGGACUUAGUUGAGGUUUGUGUAAAUCUAGUUUAAAAAGGCUACUGAAAUCUAUCUGAAUGACAUUUUAAAGAAGCUAUUUUAGAAUAUGAAAAGAAUGCAUAGAUACUGUUUUGUUUCAUAAUUAAUUUAUUUAUCUAUAAUAGAUGUAUAGAAAGAUUUUUGCAACUAUUUGUAAGGGUGAAAUAUGCAAUAAAAUCUAUUUUAAAACCAAUGGAAAUAAUUAUGGCAAAAAGAGAAGGCUACAGCUGGUUGCUGAAGUUUCAUAAUAUUUUGUAUAGUAAAAAGCAAGAGUGUCCUUAUAAAAAAAAUCUACAUCAAUUGAAGAAAAAUAUCUUUCAAAGCAAAAAAACAUGACCCAGAUUUUAAUUCUGUAUAACACAGAGAAGAUUUCUUAGAAAUUAUUAGAUAUGAUAUAUAACUGAAGCAAU